AAUAAAAAUAAAGUAAACCUUCAGACUUUUCAAUGUCUCUGCUGCGAGCGCAUAAAAUCAUCUGAGAGAGCAGUCUCAAGUUAGGGUGACUCGGUACGGAAUUUGAUUUGGGAGAGAAAGAGAAGAGCCAAACGAUGAGAAACCCUUUCCUGGAUCCUACACUUCAAGAAAUUCUUCAAGUGAUUAAACCUACACGAGCAGAUUGUGAUACGAGGAUCGGAGUGAUUGAGCAGUUGCGUAGUGUAGUACAAUCCGUAGAGUGUUUAAGAGGUGCUACUGUUCAACCUUUUGGAUCCUUUGUGUCAAAUCUCUUCACACGAUGGGGAGACUUAGAUAUCUCAGUUGACUUAUUCAGCGGUUCUUCCAUCUUGUUCACUGGAAAGAAGCAGAAACAAAAGUUACUCGGGCAUUUGCUUCGAGCCCUGAGAGCGAAUGGUGAUUCAUGUCUAUGGUACAAACUGCAAUUUGUUAUUCAUGCGCGAGUUCCCAUUCUGAAAGUCGAGAGUGGCCACCAGAGAAUUUCUUGUGACAUUUCUAUUGAUAAUCUGGAAGGACUUUUGAAGAGCAGGUUCUUGUUAUGGAUCAGUGAAAUAGAUGGGAGAUUCCGCGACCUGGUUUUGCUAGUGAAGGAAUGGGCCAAAGCUCAUAAUAUCAACGAUUCAAAGAACGGGACUUUCAACUCUUAUUCUCUCAGUUUGUUAGUCAUCUUCCAUCUUCAGACUUGUGUGCCUGCAAUCUUGCCACCUCUAAGAGUGAUAUAUCCGAAGAGUGCGGCUGAUGAUCUGACAGGUGUACGAAAAACUGCAGAGGAAAGUAUAGCGCAAAUUACUGCUGCUAAUAUAGCGAGAUUUAAAUUAGACACAGCAAAAUCACCCAAUCGAAGCUCACUCUCAGAGCUGUUGGUCUCGUUUUUUGCAAAGUUUUCAGACAUAAACGUGAAGGCCCAAGAACUUGGUGUUUGCCCGUUUACUGGAAGAUGGGAAAACAUAAGCAGCAACAGUAGAUGGCUGCCAAAGACGUACUCGCUCUUUGUUGAAGAUCCUUUUGAGCAGCCGCAGAACGCUGCAAGGAGUGUGAGUCGUAGAAAUUUGGACAGAAUAGCUCAAGUAUUUCAGAUGACAUCACGCCGCCUUGCUUCAGAUUGUAAUAGAAACUCCAUCAUUGGGGUUAUGACAGGGCAACAGAUUCAACAGUCUUUGUACAGAACUAUAAGCCUCCAUAAUCAACAUCAUGCAAACGGUACACACAAUGUCCGUAAUCUGCAUGGUCAGUCUAGGCCAUGGAACCAGCAAUUGCAGCAAAAUUGGUCACAGAGCUACAAUACUCCAAAUCCACCAUAUUGGCCACCACUGACACAGUCCCGACCACAACAGAGUUGGUAUCAGAACAACCCCAGGAAUCUUCAGGGGCGACCAUCUGUCCAGGGCCAAACUUGGCCUGUAAUCACACAAACUCAAACACAGCAGAAGAGUCAAAAUAAGAAUGGGAACAGACCGUUCAAAAAUACACCUGCAGGUUCAAGUCAAAAUCAGGGACACAUUGGUAACCCAUCAGUUCAUAUGAAUGGAGUGAAUUCUGCAAGACCUGCGUCAAUAAUUCCAAGCCAACGUGGACAGAUGUGGAGACCGAGACAUGAGCAUUAAAAUGAGUUGUGCAGACGUGGUCCCUAAAUACUACUACUCCACAUAUUGUUGGAAGAUUUUGUAUUCUGACAUUGGGGAUUUUUUUCUAUGAAUCCUUUUGUUACAAUCAACAGAUUUGCAAUUGCAAAAUGUUAUUAAUAAA